AUGGCCUCUAACAACGACAACUUGCCUGCAUACCAGGAGAAGCAGCCUUUCACAGACAUCACAGCCCCUCGCUCGGGCUCUAUCACUGGUCCCGUGCAGACUUGCUCAAUCCGGGACAACCAAGUCAACUACCUCACGAUUGUCCGUGACUCCGCUAAGAGCUAUCAUCUAGCUCUCACAGUCGAUCCUACUCCUCUGUAUCGCAUUGAACUCACUUCGCCUUCAAAAGUCGGCGAUAUCCAAAUCUUCUCUGUUUCUGACAGCGGGCUUCCUGCUAUUGCUGCUGCGCGUCUGCUACCUCUCACAAAAAGCAAAGGCCAGCCUGUAGCCACAAUUUGCACAUACUCUCCUACCCUGCCCGACGCGCUCUGGCGUCCUGUGACUCGAACGACCUCGUUUUCCUUCCCCAAGUACCAGUCCGAUAUCCCAGUCGUCUCGGUACCUGGAAGAGCAGCAACACCUCGCCCGCUCACGUGGAAGACAGGAGGCACCGUAGAGCCGUUCUUUGAACUCUGGUGGGAUAACCCACUCCCUCUAGUGCCAGCUUCAGGGUUUCAGAAGGAUCAGAGAGGGUUAGAGUACAAGUUCGCCACAUUCGCACGGAAGACUGGCGAAGGAGAGGAUAAUUUGCUGGAGAUUAGAAGGGGAGGGGGCCUAGACUUCGAGUUGAGUGUGAUUCUGGAGCUGUUCAUCAUUCUCCACUUCAACAACGUGGAGUUGAUCUAA